AUGGCCAAUUCCAAAUAUGAAUAUGUUAAAUUGUUUGAGAAAGAGAAUUACUUAUUACCAGACACAUACAUAAUAAUCCGUGUUGAUGGGAAGGGAUUUCACAAGUUUUCUCAGUUUUAUCAAUUUGAGAAACCCAAUGAUUUGAAAGCACUUCAAGUUAUGAAUAAAGCUGCUGAGAAGAUUAUGCAAAAGUAUAGUGAUAUAAUGCUAGCAUAUGGAGAUUCUGAUGAAUAUUCAUUUUUAUUGCGCAAGAAUUGUGAUUUAUAUGAAAGAAGAGAGAUGAAACUUACUACUUUAUUUGCAUCAUUGAUGUCUACAUUUUAUAUGCAUUUCUGGCAACAAAUAUUUCCAGACAAACCAUUGGUUAUAGAUCAUUUACCAACAUUUGAUGCACGAGCAGUGUUGUAUCCUAGUUUCAAACAUAUUCGAGAUUAUUUUAGUUGGAGACAGGUUGAUUGUCAUAUUAAUAAUUUAUACAACACUUCGUUUUGGAGUCUAGUAUUAAAAUUAAACAUGACACCACAAGAAGCAGAACAGAAACUAAUGGGUACCGUUUCUUCAGAUAAAAAUGAAAUUUUAUUCAAAGAAUGUGGUAUAAACUAUAAUAACGAAUUGGAAAUAUUUAAAAAAGGAACUAUUUUUGUAAGAGAAUUUGAAAACUAUGAAGUACAAAUUGAAACUGGAUUAUCAUCACGACAAAAGCAAAGAUUAGAAAAGAAAAGAAAGAAGGCACAGGUUAAGGAAUAUCAUGUUGAUAUAAUAAAUGACAAUUCAUGGUGGGAAACAAGACCAUGGUUAGAAGAAUAA